UUUCUCACUACUCAAAAAGAAGAAAUGAGAAAACAACAACCUUCUGCUGUACCUUUAGAUUAGGUUUACCUUCUGGUUACAAAACAACUGCUGAAUAUAAAAAAAAACUAAGAAAAACUGUGGGGAGCUGAACGUGACGGCGAAUGGGACUGGAAAGGUUCUGCAGUGCGGACAGUUCGGAUCCGUUUUGGGAUUGGAACAGUACGUGGAACACAUCUAAUCCAGACCUAACUCGGUGUUUCCAAAACACUGUCUUGGUGUGGGUGCCAUGCUUUUACCUGUGGAUGUGUGCCCCCAUCUACCUCCUCUACCUCAACAGUCAUGACCGUGGCUACAUAUGUAUAAGUCACCUCAACAAAGCAAAAACUGUGGUAGGUUUUCUAUUGUGGGUCAUCUGCUGGUCAGAUGUGUUCUAUUCUUUCUGGGAAAGGAAUCACAGCAGCAGCUCCACUGCACCUGUCCACCUCGUCAGUCCUACCUUACUUGGCCUCACAAUGCUGCUGGCCACCUUCAUAAUUCAAUAUGAACGAUUAAAAGGGGUGCAGUCCUGUGGAGUUCUGCUAAUCUUCUGGCUGUUAGCUCUGCUGUGUGCCACGGUCUCUUUUAGGUCAAAGAUUCUCCAGGCGCAGAAUGAGCCAGAGACUGUGUGCAUAUGGAAGUACACCACCUUCUACAUCUACUAUGCUUUUCUUCUGGUCGCUCUGGUUCUCUCCUGCCUGACUGACCAACCACCGCUUUUCUCCCAGGCUGUCAAGGAAUUGAAUCCCUGUCCUGAGCCUGGAGCUUCUUUCCUCUCCAGGAUAACUUUCUGGUGGAUCACAGGGCUGAUGAUGGUUGGAUAUAGACGCCCCCUGGAAGAGAAAGACCUUUGGUCUUUAAACCCUGAUGACUGCUCCCACAGAGUGGUACCGCAGCUGGUGCAUCGCUGGAACUCAGAGUGCCAAGAAGUCAAGAGAACCGAGCAACAAAUGGUAUACUCCCCUAAACGGGUUGUACAUGGGGAGAACAGAGAGGGCCAACCUGUGGAAGAGUCUGAAAUCCUGCUCCUAAAGUCUCCCAGGAAAACAAAAGAGCCUUCGUUGCUUUGGGCAUUGUGCUUGACCUUCGGACCCUACUUCCUCAUCUCCUGCCUCUAUAAAAUAAUCCAGGACAUUCUCAUGUUUGUUGGUCCCGAGAUCCUAAGACUGCUUAUACACUUUGUGAAUGACUCCAGCGCCCUCUCCUGGCAGGGCUAUUUUUACACUGCUUUACUCUUCAUAUGCACGUGUGUGCAGUCGCUGAUUCUUCAGAGGUACUUUCAUGUCUGCUUUGUCUCAGGCAUGCGUCUGCGGACUGCUAUCAUCGGAGCUGUCUACAGGAAGGCCUUGGUCAUAAGCAACGGAGCACGGCGCACAUCAACUGUGGGAGAAAUUGUCAAUCUGAUGUCUGUGGAUGCUCAGCGCUUCAUGGAUCUGGUCACAUACAUCAAUAUGGUUUGGUCUGCCCCUCUGCAAGUGGUGCUAGCCCUCUAUUUUCUCUGGCAGAACUUGGGUCCAUCUGUCCUAGCAGGAGUAGCUGUGAUGGUUCUGAUGGUUCCAAUUAAUGCCGUGAUUGCCAUGAAAACUAAAACCUACCAGGUGGCUCAGAUGAAAAGCAAGGACAGUCGCAUUAAGCUGAUGAAUGAGAUGCUGAAUGGCAUAAAGGUUCUAAAGCUCUACGCAUGGGAGCUGGCCUUCAAAGAAAAGGUGUCAGAAAUCCGGGAGAGCGAGCUGCAUGUGCUGAAGAAGACGGCUUACCUGGGCGCUAUGUCCACCUUCACCUGGGUCUGUGCUCCUUUUCUGGUUGCCCUGUCCACUUUUGCUGUGUAUGUGCUGAUUGACGAUCAGAACGUCCUCGAUGCUCAGAAGGCCUUUGUGUCGCUGGCACUUUUCAAUAUUCUGCGGUUUCCUCUCAACAUGCUGCCGAUGGUCAUAAGUAGCAUUGUGCAGGUCAGUGUGUCUCUGAAGAGGCUAAGAAUAUUUUUGUCACAUGAGGAGCUGCAAGAAGACAGUGUGGAGCACAAAACAAUGGCUGGCUCCCCACACAGCAUCUCUAUAGUAGAUGGAAUCUUCAGGUGGUCCAGAGCUGAAUCACCAACACUCAAGAGGCUGAAUGUGUGCAUCCCAGAAGGCUCGUUGGUAGCAGUUGUGGGACACGUUGGCUCAGGAAAGUCCUCUCUGCUCUCUGCCCUCCUGGGGGAGAUGGACAAAGUUGAAGGAUCUGUGGUUGUGAAGGGUUCUGUUGCCUACGUUCCACAGCAGGCCUGGAUCCAGAACUCCACACUGAAAGAAAACAUUGUGUUUGGUCAGAAGAGGAGGGAAGACUGGUACAACCAUGUGGUGGAAGUGUGUGCUCUCCAGCCUGACCUGGAGAUUCUCCCUGCAGGGGAUGAGACAGAGAUUGGAGAGAAGGGAGUGAAUCUGUCUGGUGGCCAGAAGCAACGAGUGAGUCUGGCCAGGGCAGUGUAUUGUGACCGUGCUGUAUACUUACUGGAUGACCCACUGUCUGCUGUUGAUGCUCAUGUUGGAAAGCACAUCUUUGAUUAUGUCAUCGGCCCACAGGGCAUACUGAGGGACAAGACUCGUGUGCUGGUGACUCAUGGAUUGAGCUUCCUACCACAAACCAAUCUUAUCCUGGUCAUGGUAGAUGGGGAGAUCACAGAAGUAGGCUCCUACCAACAGCUAAUGGACCAGGAGGGAGCCUUUGCUGAGUUCCUGCGAACGUAUGCCACUGUUGACCAAACUGAAGAUGGUGAUUUAAAAACUGCCCCUGCACCAAAGAGUGGAUCCAAAGGAGUAGAAAAUGGUGAUCUACCUGCUCUUAUUGGUGAGCCGGCUGUUAAGACUGAAACCCAAAAGCCCCAUGAGACUGAUGAUACCAGAGAACUGAACAAGAAGACCAAGAACCCUGAUAUGGGGAAGCUGACCGAAGCUGACAAGGCCAGUACUGGGCGGGUGAAGCUGUCUGUAUUUUGGGCCUAUCUGAAAGCCAUCGGUGUACUUCUGUCCUGCAUCAGUCUGCUGCUGUUCCUCACCCAUCACCUGGUCUCCCUGUUCUCCAACUACUGGCUUAGCCUGUGGACCGAUGACCUGCUAGUUAAUGGUACUCAGCCUUACAGACAUAGGAGACUUGCUGUGUACGGUGGCUUUGGCCUGACCCAAGGUGUAGCAGUCUUUGGUUAUUCCCUCUCCAUGUCCAUUGGGGGCAUCAUGGCAUCCCGCUACCUCCACCAGUCCUUGCUAUAUGAUGUCCUGCGGUCACCCAUGUCCUUCUUUGAGAAAACUCCAAGUGGUAACCUGGUUAACCGCUUUGCCAAAGAGAUGGACACCAUCGAUUCUGUAAUCCCCAGCAUUAUUAAAAUGUUCAUGGGAUCCUUGUUCAACGUUUUGGGUUCCUGUGUCAUUAUCCUGUUUGCCACACCAUUUGUGGCUAUCAUCAUUCCUUUUCUUGGGUUGCUCUACUUUUUUGUGCAGAGGUUUUAUGUGGCAACUUCUCGCCAACUAAAGCGUCUGGAGUCUGUCAGCCGUUCACCUAUCUACACCCACUUUAACGAAACAUUGUUGGGCACUUCUGUCAUUCGAGCUUUUGGUGAGCAGGAGCGAUUCAUCCAUGAGAGUGACCAGCGAGUAGACCACAACCAGAAGGCCUACUACCCCAACAUAGUAGCUAACAGGUGGCUGGCAAUUCGCCUGGAGUUUGUAGGAAACUGCAUUGUUUCCUUUGCUGCACUGUUUGCUGUUAUAGCCAGAGAUAAACUGAGCCCAGGUCUCAUGGGGCUCUCCAUCUCCUACGCCCUGCAGCUGACUGCCUCAUUGACGUGGCUCGUGAGAAUGUCUUCUGAUGUAGAGACAAAUAUAAUAGCUGUAGAGAAGGUGAAGGAAUACUGCUGCACAGAGAAAGAGGCAGAGUGGCAACAUGAGUCUCCUUCCAUUCCCCCUGGCUGGCCCACUCAGGGCUGCAUAGACAUUCAAGGCUUUGGUCUGCGCUAUCGCCAUGACCUGGACCUGGCCAUUCGUAAUAUCACCAUUGUUAUUAACGGAGGAGAGAAGAUAGGGAUUGUGGGGAGGACUGGUGCUGGGAAGUCAUCUCUAACACUGGGCCUGUUCCGGAUCAUUGAAGCAGCAGAAGGCCACAUCUUCAUUGAUGGAGUGGACAUUGCUAAGCUAGGCCUCCAUGAACUGCGCUCCAGAAUCACCAUCAUCCCACAGGACCCAGUGCUGUUCUCCGGAUCUUUGAGAAUGAACCUGGACCCCUUUGACUCCUAUUCUGAUGAGGAAAUAUGGAGGGCUUUGGAGUUUUCCCAUCUCAAGAACUUUGUCUCUAGCCUACCCAACAAACUCAGCCAUGAAUGUAGUGAAGGAGGAGAAAACCUUAGCGUGGGCCAGAGGCAGCUGCUGUGCCUUGCCAGAGCUGUGCUAAGGAAGACUAAAGUCCUGGUGUUGGAUGAGGCCACCGCUGCUGUAGACAUGGAGACAGACAACUUGAUCCAAUCUACUAUCCGCUCACAGUUUGACGACUGCACUGUUCUGACAAUAGCCCAUCGCCUUAACACCAUCAUGGACUACACAAGGGUUUUGGUGUUGGAUAAAGGAGAGAUGGCAGAGUUUGACUCUCCAUCCAAUCUCAUCGCUCUCAAGGGAGCAUUUUACAAGAUGGCCAAAGAUGCUGGACUGGUCUAAAGACGGAAGUCUCUCCACCUUCUUGAGCAGCAUCCCAGCUCCCCUGGCUCUCUCUGGAAGAAUUGUUUUUCUUUCAGAGCAGCAGGCAAAUUAAAUAGUUAUUUGGGUGUGAAGUGAUUUUAAUGAUAGAAGGUUUUGUUUAACAUGUUUCACCAUAAUGGUUCAUCAUCAGUUAUUUGGUUUAAUUUAUGCCUGUUUCUCUCUGUUCAUUCUGCUGGUUUUUGACCAAUUCAUUUUUUUUCUGACAUUUAUAAGGAGCACCACGUUACCGACAGACCUGUCAUAAUGACACUAGCACUGCUGAGGUGAGGCUACAGAGACCAUAUGUGCCAAAUGCUGGCUUUAUAUAAUUUAAAACCUAGUUUUUAAGUAGCUUUAGAUGAUAGUUAAAAAGAAUACAUGGAUCUCUCUUUUGUGUUAAAACCUUACACAUACAUUCAAGUUUACUGCGACACACUUGCAGCUUUCACUUAGCCCCAUAAGUGCAUCAAUUUUCUUGGGCAUUCUGGAACAAUCAUUCUUUCUGUCAUUUUUUUCAUCUUCUUUGAAAAUCUCAGACUAGAGAUGAACAUUAAUACAUGGACCUGUGUUGCACAUAAGUUUCUGAAGGAAAGUCUUGAAACUUAACUUGUAUUUGAGGUUUGGGACUUGAGUCUCUUGAGCUGUUGCCCUUUGCAGAAUGUGCAUAUAGAAAGGUGAGUUUGAUAUAAUAGCUGUGGAUGUCCAGGGACCAUACGCUAUUAAUGUUUCAUAGCAAUCUAUUUUUAUUAGCUGUCAGUUACUUGGAAUGAUCAAGCUAAGUUAUUUUGAAGUGAACUUUGUUAAAUGGUUUUGGCUUUUAACAGGUGUCUACUCAUUUCUGCUAUUUUUGUCCGUAAUUGUUCUAAUGGGGUAAGUAACCCCAACUUAACAUUUUUCAAAAUAUCCUCACAGGAGUCCAAAACAGCUUUAUGCAUGUUAACUUAUUUUCUUAAAGAUGUCUUUGUGUUAGAUUAGGUCUUAGUUCAAUCAUGUUCUGUUUUGUCUGAUACCCUGUGAUAUUGACACAGAUGAAAGAAAAUGACUCCGGCAUCAGCAACGUGUUACUUAACUUGGACUUUACAGAAAAGCGUUUUGGAAAUCCCUGGCUCAGACUCGAAAGGAGAUCUCUGUUCUACAUUUUUUACAGUCUGAUCAUAAUUGACACAAUCUACCUUCUCUAGUUAAAUGGAAUACACCAUCACAUGCCUGUGUGUUUUACUUCAAGAGUGAUCGCAUCAGAUUUGUCUCACAACCAGGAGAAGUGAGCUAGGUUAGCAGCUGCUUUAUUCUCAAAAAGGGAAAACAUUCGGCUUCAAUGUGAAGAAGCCAACUAACUCUAGUGCAGAUUCUCAGUCUCCUAGGAAAUGUUCAAGUACAAGAAAACUGGACUUCUCUUGUUUCUUGAAGACAAAGAUGAGAGGUGAAAUAUCUAAUUAUGCAGUUAGGUAUCUCAAUUAGGUAACAGCUCAAAGAUUAGAAUCAAAGUAAUUCAGAAUGAUAUCAGAAGGCGGAGAUAUUACGAUACUCACUAAUUUCCUUUUAUUAUCCCUUCUACACAAUUCAAGGUCUUGAGGAUAUAUGCACAUCCCUUGAAGAUUUUCCCUCUGCAGCCACGAAAUUUAAUGUAUUUGAGUGGAAUUUUAUGUGACAAACUAACACAAAGAUGUUCACAUUUUGAAGUAAAAGGAAGGGGCUGAUGAUUGUCAAAGAUUUUAAAAAUAAGAAUGUGAAAUGUAGAGUGGUCUACUUUCCUGUGUCAGCACUUUGUAGAACCAAAUUUUCUUUGACCAUGUCUCGACUACUUUUGAACAGUUACAGGCUGUCACAGGGGUAGCCUGUUACUAAGCCUCUCUAAAACAUACAUUUGUUGUACCUCUUCCUGUAUGUUGCUGGAAUGUGAACCUGCACUUCAGUCUCAAGUCUUCUGCUGCCUAUAACAGGAUCCAUGUCAUCAAGGAUGUCAAGCUUCACUGUUGCUGCCGAAGGAAAGUAUGAUGGUGCCAUCCCCAUGUUUCACAGGGGGGAAGAAGGGGGUAUUCACUGUGAUUUGCUGUGUAAGGUUUCAAUGGCAUAUAGUGUUUCCAUGUAGGCUAAAAGUAUCAAAUAUGUCCAUAACAGAGGACAUUAAUACAAUUUUAUUGAAUUGUUUACAGAUGUUAAGAUAUGUUUUAUUAAUAAUAAAAAGGUAACAGGAGCAAGUAAAGAACUGGUUUUCAGAGAUUUUCCAUCACUAUAAUAGAUGAUAAGAUUUUUGCAUUUUGUUAUGUUACAAAAUACAAAGCUUUUGAAACAGAAAAAUAGUUUUCUAAUUUCUACAAUUAUUUUUCUCAUGGAACUUUCAGUUUUAACAUGAAGUUAAAUGAACAUAAAGUUAUCUAAAAGCAUGUCAAAAAGCUUCUAGAAUACCAUAUAGGUGAAAAACUAAAUAAUUUUUUUCUGUCUAAAAUUUCUGUUUUAUUCGUGUGAAAAAAAACGUAACAUUUUUCUGCAAUAGUGUGAUAUAGAUACAUUAGAGUCUUCUGUCUUCUGAAGACCCCAAUGUAUCUUCUGUUACAAGUGAGCUCUGUUAUCUCAGUGAACUGGGUUAAAAUUACAAAAAGUCCUUAUUUGUCAGACUGGUAGAUUAUUGCUCUCACUCUCGGCCAUCAGAUCACUGAGAGCACACUUUAGUUAUUUAUGUUGAAAGGUUUUCUGUUGCUUUCCUUUUUGUUGUUUGGCAAAGUAAGUUUUGUGCUUUGACAGUUUUGUAGAUUUGGUGUGAAAAACGUUUUGCUGUGUUUUGCAUAGGAAACAUCUGUGGAUUGGGUAAUUAAAUAUUGGUCCUAUGGAAUUAUGAUUACAAAGCUUUGUAAUCAUAAUUGUUAAGGAGAAUUUUAUUUAGGUCUGCAGUUAAUAAAAGCAUGUUUCCAAGCAA